AUGUCCAACAAUCUCACCCGCAAACCCUCCAUCUCAGCCUCCUCACUCGGCGAAGUCCGCAAAAUCUACAUGUCGAAAAUGACCCAGCGGGGGUGCUCCCAGACCCUGAAGGAUAAAUGCCGCGAUAUAUGGCACGACGUGAUCAACGAUGCUAUUGAUGCGGAGGCCGAAUGUUCUAUUGGGGGGAUUGCAAUUGUGCACGAAAUGAAACAGGAACCUGCCUACAUUCAGAGCAAGGAAAACGGAAAAAGGGAUAGCAGCGAGGGAGACACCGAGUCCGAGACGGAAAGUGAGGAGAGCAAUUCCGAGACGGAGGUGGAAAUCGAUCCGAGUCUUGAUGGUAGUGAGUGCGAAUGUGCGUCUGGCAUCAACCUCAACAACAUGCCCUCCCCAUCAAGAGAAUUCAGCCCCGAGGACCUCGACGACCUCGCAAAUGACUUGAAAGACAUACAGGAAGGACUGGCUCCGAGCAUCCACUACUUCAUAUCCUUCCAAACUGGCGCAUUGUUGGAUCACCUUGACGAGGUUCGCGAUGCUCUGGACCUGCAGCUAAUCAACCUCACAGAAAUGCUGGAUCGACUGAAGAGAGGCUUGGUUCAAGUCAAGGCUAUCAGGAAGGCCGUCAAAGCUGAGGAGAAUGAAACCUCGGAAGAGGAGGAGGUGAAGGAAAGUGAGCAGCAUCCGCAUCAGCAUCAUGCGACAAAGAGUCCGGUGGCGAAGAGUCCGAAACAUCGUUUCUCUCCUGCUGCGAAGGUUAAAGUGCAGGAAAGUGAUGGGGAUGCGGACUCGGAGCGUGAAAUUGAAGCUGAAAAGGAGGACUUUGAGACUUUGUUCCAGUAG